AACCGCUCGCUACUGCUGACCCGUCUCUCAACACCAACGCCGCACUGACGAUUUUCAUUUCACAACCAUCACUCGCCCCUCGUGCAUUUCUAGAGAAUUUCAAGGUGGCUCAGUUCUCUGACGACCUGCUUGGCUCGAUCCUUCUCCUCGCCGCGUCUGCGACAACCACCAGAUUCGACGGCCACGAUUGUGAAUCUAGUAGGGAGGACAUUCUGCGUGACGCGAUCGGCAAAGCAUUGGACGAGCCUCUGCCGUCGGAGAAUGCGUGGGCUGGCACCACGCGCGAUGCACGUGUGGUUACCGCUUCUUCGCUCGUUUCCUUUCGCCACGCGCUGGUCUGCAAGCGAUGGCUGCUCGUCGCCAGAUCCGUGCAUCCCGCCAUCGUCGUGCCUUACGAUCGCUUCUUCUCAUCCCAAACUCUCGGCUCGCUCCUCACCUCACCCACCUCGGGAUUCCCGAACCUUCGCCAUCUGCACCUCGGCGAAUUCGCGACGGACGUCGUCGAUCGCCACCUCGUGCGAUCCGUCUGCGACGGGUGCGGGUCCUCCUUGACGCAUCUCACGAUGCAUCUGUACGAUCGACGGAUGGCGACUCGCGCGCAGGAAGACGAAAUCAGAAGCGCGGCGCGCAACGGCCGUGCGGCGAUCUCGCCGUCCGAUGUCUCCCAGAUCUUCAAUUCCUGCACACGAUUGGUCAGUUUGGAUCUACGGCUAGCGGACGGCGUUCCCACGCUGCCGCCUUCCAUCAGCCGCCUACAGCAUCUCACGAGGCUCAGCAUGCGAUCAACCUACAGCGUUACCGGGUUACCAACGGAAUUCGGCUGCUUGUUGCGAUUGAAGCGGUUGGAGUUUGAACUAGAUUCCCUUGAAGCUCUGCCCGAUUCCAUCUGCGAUCUUAAGGCUCUGGAGCACUUAGAGAUUCAAAGAUCCCCUUUGUCCAACCUACCCGAGAAUUUCGGGCAGCUGCGAAACCUAAGAAGCCUCACGCUCUCGUUAGUAGAAGGUCUUCAUGAGCUGCCCGAAUCCUUUUGCGAUCUACCAGCCCUCACGCGGUUCUCGCUCCUGUACUGCUAUGACUUUUUGAAGCUGCCCGAAAACUUCCAUCAGCUGUCAAGGCUGGAAGCGGUAGAAGUCUCGACUCUAUCCGCCUUCACUUCGUUUCCUGACUCGUUCGGGCAGCUGCCCGCUCUGCAGGAGUUACGCCUUCAAAACUGGGAUUUCUCGCAGCUCCCAGCCUCCCUUUGCUCGAGUCAAAGCCUCCGUAGCUUAACCCUCAACAACUGUGGAAGCAUGACGGCCCUGCCUGAAGAUUUCGGCCGAAUCUCCACUCUAGAGUACCUGAGUUUGGAAAUGUUUGGGAAUUUCAGGGUUAUUCCGGACUCUAUCGGCCUUCUGUCUCAACUCAAGGAGCUGAAUGUGAUUGACUGCUGUGAGCUUUCGGCCUUCCCACAGUCCGUCUCCGCUAUGGAGUCACUCACAAGCCUCGUUCUUGAUGGCUGCGAUCUUCACGAGCUGCCCGGAGACAUCGGGCAGCUUUCAAACCUGGUUUCGCUGAAGCUGUCCAGUAGCAAGCUCGUCACUCUGCCCGACUCGUUUGGGCAGCUGGGGAAGCUGAAGGAAUUAGUAUUCAUGGAAUGCAACAGCCUGCUUGAGCUUCCAAACUCCUUCACCAAUCUCAACUCCUUGGAAACCCUUUUCAUUUACGGUGGUGCUUCUCUAGUAGACCUCCCUCCAGGUUUUGAAACCCUCCCGAAGCUGCGCACUCUCUAUCUCUUCAACUGCGUCUUUGCGAGCCUGCCGGACAGGUUCGGGGACCUGCCGAGCCUGGAAGUGCUCAGGAUCGGGACAAAGGCAACGUACAGCAGGAAUAGGCUCGAGACCGGCAGCGAAUCAGAUUACGGAGAUGAGUUGGAAGGCGCGUGCGCCCUCCACAUGCUUCCCCAGUCCCUGGUUCGCCUCACAGGACUGGUAGAGCUCGUUUUGGAGGGGUGUGAGAUGCUGGAGGAGUUGCCGCCAGGCAUGGGGGGGCUGUCCAGCCUUAGAGUGCUCGAGGUGAGGAAUUGCCCUCAGCUGCGGCUCUUCCCGUCCCUGCUCUCCCCUCCCGUCGUUGCUGCUGCAACUGCCACCCCUGCUCCCCCGUUUCCAUCGCUGGAGCAGCUGGAGAUAUCUGACUGCCCGCGCCUGGAGAGCCUUCCAGAGGGCCUGCAUCUGCUGCCUAGACUGGAACACUUGGCUCUUGAAGACUGCCCCAGUCUAGAGCUCACACACCCGAGCCCCUUGCCCCCCCCCACGUCCCCAACCCCACAGAGCAAUACUUUUCUGUCUGCACUCUCCCCACCAUCGACCUCCCCCUCCUCCCCUCCUCUUGUUGCGCCCAUCUCCCUUCCGAUUUCCAUGAAAACCAUCAUUCUCUCAAACGUCUUCCAGUCAGCCCAGUACCUGCCAGAAUCCCUUCUUUCCCUCGCCCAACUCACCCACUUGAACAUCUACGACCUUCCAUCUCUCCAGCAGCUUAUUGCCCCUUCCCUUGUGACCCAGUCCUCAGCCUACGAUCAAGCCACCCACAAUCACCAAUCUGAAAGAUUUGAUUCUGAUUCUGAUGUGCCUGCCAGAUUGGAUCUCUUUCCUUCUCUGCAGCAUCUUCACAUCGCCCUCUCCAACCUCUCUGCACUCUCUGAAACCGUGGGCAAUCUGGCGCAGCUGAAAGUGCUGCUGCUAGAGGAGUGUCCUGCCAUGACCUCCCUUCCUGCGUCCCUCACUAGCCUCUCCAAUCUCCAACAACUGACACUCAAGUCGCUCCCCUUGCUGACCCACAUGCCCGAAAAUAUCGGGCAGCUUAAAGCCCUGCGCAAUCUGAGUCUGGAGUCCUGCCAAGCUCUUAAAGCCCUGCCGUUCUCCGUCACCCUCCUCUCCUCCCUCAUGCCUCCAAUCAGAUUCAGCCAUUCAGGCAGGUUGGCAGAGCGAGGAAGGUGA